AGGGCAGCUCAAUGUUGAUUUUCGAGGGGCAACGCUGAUCUUAUUGGAUAUUGCGACGCGAUUCUUCACACCUACAUCAUAAAUGCACCUUUCACGAACGACAUGAAAACGAAGAAUCAACCAGGUUCGAGAGAGUACAAUCAAAAAUACAUUCUGCCUUACACGCUCCACUAAGCCAUGCUUCUCUAUUCAUAAGUCAUCAGCUUCAUCAUGUCUCUCAAUGAUCGAGAGAAAUCCCAGCUUCGAAGUGCCCUACAAGAUGCAAUCUUAAAAUGUUCCGAAAGAUGCCUCUACCAAUCGUCCAAAUGGGCAGCAGAACUUCUCAAUGCGAUUCCUGAAACAGAACCGUCUCUAGAUGAUUCGCAGCUUUCAGAUGCCUCAACCGGAUACGCCUCCACGAUAAUAGCUCCAAAUAUUGACCCGAGCGAAGCAACACUUGAAUCUAAGGAGAUAAACAAAUACCUUCUAGCCAAAUCCCUCUUCGAUUGCCGAGAAUAUGAUCGUUGCGCCGCAGUCUUCCUUCCCGACUCUACACUUACUGGGAUAGUAUCCUCAAAGGAAUCGAAUAAUGCAACCCCAAAAGGUAAGGGGAAGGGGAAGGCUACGACCCCGGCUACCAAACCGAACAAUAGCGAAAAGCUUCCGCAAUUAAGCCAAAGAAGCCUGUUUCUGGCUCUAUAUGCCAAGUUCUUGUCGGGGGAGAAGCGCAAAGAUGAAGAUGCCGAGAUGGUGAUGGGACCGCAGGACAUUGGCACAUGCACCAACAAGCAACUGCUGACCAUCAGUCGUGUUUUGGAAGCAUGGUUCAACCAGCAUCAAGACCAAGAGGACGGCGGUGUCGAAGGCAGUCAAGGAUGGCUCGAGUAUCUAUAUGGGAUGGUUCUUGCAAAAGAAAAGAAUGAAGAACUAGCCCUGAUGUGGCUAAUUCGUAGCGUACACCUGUUCCCUAUGAAUUGGGGUUGCUGGCUGGAGAUGACAGGGUUGAUAUCACGAGUGGAAGAUUUAAACCGGAUAAUGCCUCGGUUGCCACAGAAUAUCGUCUCCUUCAUGUUCCAUAUCCACACCUCCCUCGAACUCUAUCAACAUGAUGCGAACCUUGCUAACUCACUGGACCAACUACUCACCAUAUUUCCGACCUCAUCGUUUCUACUCACGUGUGAUGCGUUGCUUUCAUACCAUGCAAAGGAUCUCGUGGCUGCAGAGCAGAACUUCAGCCGCAUUCUCUCAUUGCAUCCUCAUAGACUCGACUCACUCGACCACUAUUCGAAUAUCCUUUACGUCAUGAAUUCAAGGCCAAAGUUGGCCUUUCUAGCUCACCUAUGCAGUAGCGUCGAUAAAUUCCGACCUGAAUCCUGUGUCGUUAUUGGAAAUUACUAUUCACUGCUAUCCCUUCACGAGAAGGCUGUGCAGUACUUCCGACGAGCGUUGAUGCUGGAUCGCUCAUGCUUAUCUGCAUGGACACUGAUGGGACAUGAAUAUGUCGAACUCAAGAAUACACAUGCUGCUAUCGAAUCAUACCGUCGAGCUGUAGAUGUCAAUCGGAGAGACUACCGCGCGUGGUACGGAUUAGGCCAAACAUAUGAAGUGCUGGAGAUGCAUGCCUAUGCCCUAUGGUAUUACAAGAAGGCAGCUGGACUCCGACCAUGGGACGGAAAGAUGUGGAUGGCGGUUGGUUCGUGCUUACAGCGCAUGAAUCGGAACCAAGAUGGGAUUAAGGCCCUCAAACGAGCAUUGCUUGCCGAAAGCUACUACGAGACAGGAAACGAUUUCGGCAGCGCAGGUAUUAUGAGGGGUGCACACAUGGAUCCGGAGAUCCUGUUGCAAAUCGCUGGCAUGUACGACAGCAUAGGUGAGGAAGAAGAUGCCAAAGCCUACAUGGAAAUGUGCGUGGCACAAGAGGACGGUGGCGGCGAUAACCUAGGUGAAAGCAUCCAGAUCCACAACGAUUCGCCGGGUGAAGGGUCCGACGAUGACGGCGACAAUGCCGGACGAGGAGAAGGUGGCACGGGAGUGACGGCGGCCACUAGUAAAGCUCGCAUGUGGCUUGCGCGCCACGCGAUGAGAACGGAGGAUUACCCCACAGCCAAUCGCCUGGCAACCGAGCUAUGUCAAGAUGGCGUCGAGGUUGAAGAGGCGAAAGCUCUCAUACGAGAGGUCAGAUCUAGGAUGGAGGCUAAUGGAAUGAGCGGGCCGUCGACCGGAUAGAAUCCGCAAAACUCUCCUGAGCUCUAAAUUCCGAGUGGCGUUGACCAAACUAAGGAUCGUGGGGUUUGACUUACGGGUUACGAUUUAUUAACGAAUGGGAUGGAAAAGCAUUGAGGGUCAUGGGGUUAUCAUGGGGGAUUCUAGUUAUUGAUUUGUUUUACGAGAAAUGAAGUCUUCGUGAACCAACAACCUUUUUUCCUGAGGAAAUCCUAGAUGGUGCAUUUGGAAGGAAAUCAAUUGCAAUUCGCAGGCAUUGGCUUUCUCACACGUCGAGGAGCCACUUCAUAUUACCUUAACUAUAGCCGCUCGCGGCAACGUAACAUAUACCACCAUGACUUAAGCGGCGCUGAGACAAACAUCCGACGACGCCCAUAGGAGUCAGCAAAUCGAGGGUCUCGUAUUCGAUUUAUACAGGCGUCCUCCACGGUCCCAUGUGAACAAUCCUCCAACCGAGCUUACCAACAAGCUACCUCCCAUAUUUGUAGAAGUCGUUACCGGCAAGCUGUCACCCUACGUCUGAGCGUUGGAUCUCGCGAGCAUACGGGGUCUUGCAUUCAGCAAGAUCUCUCAGCUGGUCUUAGUAAAACUGCUUGAUGACGGAUAGGCAUAUGCAGUGCAGCACGGCACGUAUGUAUGAGAGGGGGGAUCUAGAUAUAUGUUUGUGACUAAUCACACUAUGCCAACACAUGAGACAUGGACUGCGGGCACCUUAUUUU